CCUGAAGCCACCACCAAAUGAGUAUCAAGUGUCAACUCUGUCUCCUUUCUCCAUAUCCAAGCACUUACUCAAAUUAAGCAUUUCUUCUAGCUUUCUCGCGAUUUUCCUGUAUUUCCUUUUAUUACCCACAUAAUUUUUGUUUAUAUAUAUAUAUAUAUUUUCUCUGCAAAUCCAGUUAAUUUUUAUCGUUAGCUUCUCAUUCCUUCCGUUCUUUUUUGGCUGGAAAAAGUUAUACUUUUACCCAGACAAUUUCAAUGAAUUGUGAGUUCUUUCCUUUCGGUAAAAAGAAAGGCAUGUCAGAGGGAACCGGUGAUGUUUUUUUAAACAUCCAAGAUCAUGGAUCUUCAGGAUCUAAGGGUAAUGAAGAGCACAAAAUGAUGAAAUGGACGUUGAUCUUUAUUGAAUCAACUGCAUUUUUGUGCAUUAUGGGGCUCUUAAUCACUACCUUGACGGUGGAUAGAUUCCAGAAUUCCAGGAUUUGGGAUUUUGAGAUGUGGAAAUGGUGUUUCUUAAUACUGGCUGUUCUCUGUGGUAGACUGAUUGGUUACCUAUUAACACAGGCUCCGGUUAAGUUGAUUUGGAAGUUUUGUUCACGGAGGCACUGGAUUGAGAGAGCACUUUACUUCGCAUAUGGAGUAAAGAAGAGCAUCAUCGUUUUUAUAUGGGUGGCUUUGGUUUUACUAGCCUGGGCUUUGCUGUUUGACAGAGGGGUUAAGCGAAGCGAGGAAGUAAGAAAGACUCUAAAUGAUGUUACUAGAGGUCUUGUUGGUUCUCUCAUUGGAGUUGCUAUAUGGUCAGUGAAAACUUUAUUAGUAAAGCUUGUAGCUUCUUUCCAUGUGAAGACUUUGUUUCAGAGGAUUAAGGAAGCAAACUACAAUCGCAAGAUCCUUGAAGCUGUUUCAAAGAAGGAAGAGGUCGAGCAAGACACAAGGAGAGAGUUGCUGAAUGCUAUUCGGGGUGAAAAGCUUCCUACUCUCGGCUUCUUCGUUGAUGGCAAGUAUAAAGAGAUCAACAUAGAAGAUGAUCAUGUGGAAGAAGCAAAAGAAGUUGCUAAUGAGAUUUUCAAGAAACUCGUGGGUCCUAAUUACAAUGGGGAAAAAUACGUGGACUUGAGAAUCCUAUUGAAUUGCGUGAAAGAUAAAGAGCAGUGUCCUGAUUGUCAACUGGUAAAGAAAAAGAAGUGUCACCAAUGCGAAGUGAUAAAGGAAACGCGUGAAUAUUUCGAAGCGGUAGCAGAAGAUAAAUGUACGGGCAGAGAACAGAACAAUCAAUCUGAAUUCAGGAAAUGGGUUAACGAAUUGGUAAACGGUGAACCUGCAGAAGCUGCAGCAGAUAAAGCCGCACAUGGAGAUAAACAGAUAAAGAAAUCCGUCUUCAGAAAUUGGGUGGUGAAAGUUUUCAAGGGCUAUGUGUCGGUGAAUAGCGCCUUGAAAUACAGAAAAACAGCAGUUGACGAGUUGAACAAGCUUGCUUCCGUGGUGGUGCUUUUUGUAAUCAUUAUUGUGUGGCUACUUUUCAUGGAAAUUUUGACCACCAAAAUAGUUGUCUUCAUGACUUCUCAACUUCUACUUGUGGUUUUCAUGUUUGGUAACGCUGCCAAGACUGUAUUUGAAGCCAUCAUAUUUGUGUUUGUGAUGCACCCAUUUGAUGUUGGCGAUCGUUGUCUUGUUGAUGGCAUACAGAUGGUGGUUGAUGAGAUGGAAAUAUUAACUACAACCUUUUUGAGAUUUGAUAACGCAAGAAUAUUCUAUCCGAAUUCAAUUUUAUCGACCAAAUAUAUCUGCAACUUCUAUAGAAGCCCGCCAAUGAUGGAUACAGUGGAAUUUGCUAUUGAUCUUCAAACGCCAGAUGAUGUUAUUACAAAGCUGCAAAAUAUAAUAAAAAGGUACUUGAAAAGCAAUCCUAGACGCUGGCGACCAGACCACAGCUUGCAAUUCAAGGAGAUAGAGAAUAUGAAUAAGAUGAAAGUGAUUCUCUAUUUUAAUCACACCAUCAACUUUCAAGAUAUUAUAAAGAAAGGCAAACGAAGAUCUGAACUAGUGUUGCAUAUGAGGAUAAUUUUCGAUGUUCUUGGGAUUAAAUAUAAACUCUUGCCUCAGCAGGUUGACCUUAACUAUAAUGGGUCUAUGGCCACAGCAAUUCCACCUCCUUCACGAUAAUUAGUUAAUGGACUGUCCUCUUUCAAAAUAAAUUCACUUUCUCUUCUCUCCCUACUGUUGUUAGAAGCCUUUAGGCUACGUUUGGUAGUAAUGUAAUAUGUACAAUGUGAUCAAUCUUGUGAUAAAAUGAACAAUGUGAUAUCACGUAAUAUAAUUAUCAUUUUACUC